AUGCAGUGUUGUUGUUUUCAGAUCGGAUAUCCGAAAUCUAAUAUGCGUGAAAUAAAUGGUUCCAUAUUACUAUGUUUUAUCACUAUAAACGUUUGCUUGGGUUUCUAUUUGCCUGGUCUCGCACCGGUCAAUUUUUGCGAGAAAAAAGACGAAAAGCCGUCUUGUCCAAGUAAUGUAUCUCUUUUUGUGAAUAGAUUAGACAGUGACCAGAGUGUUAUUCCAUUCGAAUAUCACAGUUUCGAUUUCUGUAUUGGUAGUGAAAAGGAAUCACCUGUCGAAAAUCUUGGUCAAGUAUUGUUUGGAGAACGAAUUAGGCCUAGUCCUUAUAAAAUCAGCUUCAAUGAACCGCAACAGUGUACACUUCUAUGCGAACGGGAGUAUAAAGAUGGUGAUUCAGAUGCAGAAAAAAGGAUUCGAUUACUUCGAAAAGGAAUGAAAUUAAACUAUCAACACCACUGGAUAUUGGACAAUAUGCCGAUGACAUUCUGCUUUAUCAAUCAACAAAAUCAGAAUGUCUGUACAACUGGCUUUCCAAUGGGCUGUUAUGUGACAAGUGACGGUAAACCAAAAGACGCUUGCGUUUUAGAUUCACGCUACAGACUACCUGAUAGUUACUACAUCUUCAAUCAUGUGGACAUUCUUAUCGAGUAUCGAGAUAUGAGUCGAGAUCCAAAUUUUUUGGAAGAACAUUUAGGAGGACGAAUUAUUCGGAUUAAAGUUCAGCCAAGAAGUAUCGAGCAUAAAGCAAGCGAUAAGCUUGAUUGCAGUCUUAACGCCCCUCCUUUUGCUAUCAAGGCUGCUGAAAAGCCCAAGAAAAUCAUCUAUACAUAUUCUGUCGUUUGGGAGACUACUAAAGUGAAAUGGUCGUCUCGAUGGGAUUACAUUUUAGAUUCAGUACCACAUUCCAAUAUUCAAUGGUUCUCGAUCAUGAAUUCACUUGUCAUUGUUCUUUUCCUUUCUGGAAUGGUAGGCAUGAUUCUUCUUCGUACUCUGCACCGCGAUAUUGCUCGAUACAAUCAACUUGACAAUGAGGAAGAUGCACAGGAAGAAUUUGGUUGGAAACUAGUCCAUGGCGACGUUUUUCGUCCUCCUCGAAAUGCUAUGUUUUUGUCUGUGUUUGUCGGUAGUGGAUGUCAGGUGCUUCUUAUGGUAGCUGUCACUCUGGUGUUUGCUUGCCUUGGAUUUUUAUCUCCGGCAAAUCGAGGAUCUCUGAUGACCUCUGCACUCAUUUUUUAUGUUCUGUUUGGUAUUGUUGCUGGUUAUGUUUCAGCAAGGCUUUACAAAAUCAAUAACUGGUUUUUAAAAAGUUUAAGCAGUGGUAUAAUUACUUAUGUAUGCAUUUUUUUCUUAGCAAUGAAUGGUUUUUCAUGGAAAACGAAUGUGAUAAUGACGAGUUUUCUCGUUCCGGGAAUUGUGUUUUCUAUAUUUUUCGUUUCCAACUUAUUGCUGUGGGCAAAAGGAUCGUCUGCAGCCGUACCUUUUGGUACUCUUGUUGUGCUUUUAUUUCUUUGGCUUUUUGUUUCUAUUCCACUAACGUUCAUUGGGUCUUAUUUUGGCUUUAAAAAACGUCCAGUCCAACAUCCGGUGCGCACAAAUCAAAUUCCACGUCAAGUGCCAGAUCAGUCAGUAUAUACUAAACCAAUUGCAGGAAUGCUUAUGGGCGGUAUCCUUCCAUUUGGAUGCAUUUUUAUCCAGCUAUUUUUUAUUUUAAAAAGUAUUUGGGCGCAUCAAACAUAUUACAUGUUUGGUUUUCUGUUUCUUGUAUUCCUGAUUUUAAUUAUAACAUGUAGUGAAGCAACAAUACUUUUGUGUUAUUUCCACCUCUGUGCUGAAGACUACCAUUGGUGGUGGCGGUCAUUUCUCACUUCAGGUUUCACGGCAGUCUAUCUGUUUGUGUACUGCAUUCAUUUCUUUACUGCAAAAUUGACCAUAACAGGCGCUGUGUCUACCAUUCUUUAUUUUUCAUAUACUUUUAUUAUCGUCUUCAUGUUCUUCUUAGCGACUGGUGCUGUCGGUUUCCUGUCAACAUUUUUUUUCGUAGAGAAAAUGUAUGCAUCAGUAAAAGUCGAUUAA